CUGAGGCCGCUGCCCGUGCUCACAGGCAUCGCUCGCGAGGUUUGCUACAGGGGGGGAGUCCGCUGCCUGUGGUAACGCAAGGCGGCCGUUUCUCGCGGUUGGCCUCCCCCACCCUCCUUCCCGCCAGAGCAAAACCCCCCCUCCACUUUUUCCCCGGUCACCGGCGAGCACUGACUGAGCCUCGUGCCGGCCCCUAAAAUCCCCGGAGGUACCUGUUGGUGGGCGAGUGUAGAGCUCUGAGAGCUGAGGGAGGAAGAGGCCGCACCGCGCUGACACAGUGGACAGAGAGCUUCUUCAGUGGUUCCAGGGGAAGGAGGUCUCUACCCCCUGGCUGAGGGGGGCCUGGAUACUGUGUGACCCCCUCAGUAUUACCUGAGGGACCUGCUGGAGGACUGCUCCCUCCCUGACUCGAGUGAGGGGAAUACCCCAUUACUAUCAGCCGGCUUUCAAUCACUGCUUGGUCAACUUAUCAUCUGUGAGGACAGACCCCCCACCUCUACCUGUCUCAGGACCCCUCACAAGCAAGGGUGGGGUGGGUGUGCAGUCUGCAAGGACCCUUACAAAACACCCACUUUAAGAUUAUUAUUUUUAUUAUUGGUUUUUUUUUUUCUCUUUUAGGGGAAAAAAAAAAGACUUGAAAUAACCUGAUUUGCAACAUUUUGGGGAGAAAAGAAAAGGCACCCCAUAUUGGAAACUGAAACUUCUUCAGCCGUUAUCUAACACCUCUCAGUUGUUAGAAACCUGUGAAAGAUUGUAGACUUUUUUUUUUGGGGUGGGGGGGUGGUGUUUAUUUGGCUGUCUGGUAAGAAGAACUAGGCGCUUGCUAAAGCAGGGCCAGAAGAUACCGUUUGAUUAAAUAGAGACUUUUAUAAUCCCCCUGGUGGGGCAACAGUUAUAGAUUGGACAGUUGGCUCCUCCUAUCCUCAUGGAAUGAGUUUGUGAUACCUGCAAGGUCAUUGAAUUAUAUUUGAAGAGAUCACUUUUUUUUCAAAGUGCACUGGCCUAAAUUAAAACCAUAAGGAAUAAAAAGGAAACCUCUAUAAACUGUCUUGGUCACCGUUUUUUUUACGUGCACCGCCUGGUCUUGUAAGAAGAUAAGAAAUUAUUUCAGUUUACAUUUGGUUACUUUCCGUAUAUUUGUUUUAUGGAGGCAAGACUGAUCUUACAUUCUGUUGAAUCGAUUUCUUGUCUUCAGGCUGGGUGAAAUCCGUAUCUAUGUAGAAACAAGCGAUUCAGCACCUCUGUGAAUGAGGGAGAUGAUAGGAUAGAGUGAAAUUUUUUCUUUUUGACUUGUGUAAUUUAGACUUUGCAGAAUAGAGCCUGUUCCUGUUUUUUUGAGUGUUCCCUAUCCCCUUCCCCUAUUUGUUUUCCUCCGCUAAUUAGCAGAGGAAUGCCAAACCCAGCGCGGCAUGGGAACAAGGACAGCGGAGGGUCAACAUCUACAAUGCCACAAAGUAGUGGCAGUUCCAAUAACCGUGACCGUCAACGGCUUAGUUCUAAACAUAAACGGCACAAAUCUAAGCACCUCAAAGACUCUCCUUCUGCUGCUGAGCCAUUUGCACUUAGCACUCUGAAGCUAGUGGAAUAUGAUGAUAUUAGUUCUGACUCGGACACGUUUUCAGAUGAUGUUCCAACUAAGCCUGAUAGAAGGGAAAAUGAUGAGCGACGAGGCUCAGAGAAAAGUGAAAAGCUGCAUAAGUCCAGGCAUCGGCACCAACAUAAGAAAAUCAAAGAUGCUUCUAGGACCAAGCAGGGAGAUAAAGAAAGGAAAUCAGAAAAAAGCCAGGAUGCAGUUAUGAGCAAAGCACCCAGUUCAAAGGACAGGACCACUGGCACAACUAAAAGGCCAGCAGAAGAGCUGGAGGAGCAUGCACGCACAUCAAAAAGCAGUAACAAGGAAAUUCGUGCAUCCAAAAUGCAUCGUGAGAAAUCGCGCAGGGAGAGGGACCUUAAGUCUGGUCAUAAAGAUAGAAGCAAAGGUCACCGGAAAAGAGAUUCAUCCAAGCGAUACAAGACCUCUGACAGCCCAAAGAGGAAAGGCAGGAAGUAUGGAAGUAGUCCAAAGCAAGAUGAUAGCCACACUGAUGCAUCAGGCGGACAGGAUUAUGAUGGUAGUCCUCCUCGGUCCCAUGCAUCAAGUAGCUAUACAGAUGCCUACAAGAAGAUUUCAGACAGCCCAAGCUAUAAGGAGCCUGUUGCCUACCAGAGCAAUCUGCGGUCACCAAGUCCAUAUGGCCGCAGACAGCGUUCAGUGAGUCCUUACCGGAGGAGGUCAUCUAGUUAUGAGAGAGGUAGCGGCUCCUACAGUGGCAGAUCUCCCAGUCCUUAUGGGCGUAGACGGUCCACUAGCCCCUUUGUGUCAAAGCGAUCAGUGAGUCGGAGCCCAGUAACCAGGUGAUUAUAUUUUCUUUUAACAGAAAAUAGUGUACUGACUUAAAAGGACACUCCAGUCAUGCAUCAGGCACUGACAUAACUUCAAUGCAUUUGAUAGUUUGGCCUCAUUCAUGAGGGUUUCUUGCAUUUAGAUCUCAUUAACCCUGUACGUUUAGCCUUGCUCUGUAUUUUCUCAACUAGGGUAUUUGGGCUAUAUGUACUCUGUAGUUGAGCUCCUGAUAUCACUCCGCCCCAUAGACAAUCAGUGUUGUCUUAUUUGUAUUCUUUUUUCAUAGCAUAGCUUUAAAAUACUAUGCUGAUAAGAGGACAGUUAUUGGCUGAGGGGAUCGAGUCAAGUCAGCAGCUCAGCUCACAUUCAUCCAUCAUCUUAUUAACUAGCUUUUUGAAAAGAGAUAGCAUGGCUUAAGGUACAGCAGCAGAGUUCAAGAAGUAGCAAAACCUAUUUUUAGUUUUGCUUUUUUUAAAAAAAUUAAAAAUAAAUUUUGAACAAAGAGAACAUAGCACGAGUAUGAGGCCCACAUUUAUCAAAAUCUAUCAUGUGCUCUUAAGUUAUGGCGGUGCUCCGAUUGCUCCUUUAAACAGUGUUAUAUAUUGUUUCAUUAAAAGGACAUUCCAAGUAUCAAUUAUUACAGAUUACUGAAUGUUUGUUUUGGUGCUCAGAAACCACAUCUGCUAACUUAACUUGAAAACCCUUCAAGUUUAUUUUCUCUUGACUCUCAUGUAUCAGAAUUUGCUACCCAGUCAACCAUCCAAACACUUAUAAAGUAUUAAUGUGAGGUGCCUACACUUAUGUGGUGAGUUCACAUGCACUCUGAGUUGGGGAAGAAAAACUGCUGUAUGCACAUGUUACAGCUCCUUAACCGGAAAGAUUGAUUGAUUUGCACUGGUAAGCAUUGUUGACUCAUACUGUAAAAGUACUUUGGUAGCCCAACAGGGAAGCCAUUCAUUCAAAAAUAAAAUUGGUAAUGGGGAGCAAUUUGGAAGCAGCAGAUUUAGAGUAAAAUUGGGGCUGGGGGUGGAUGGGGCAGGAGUUUCAGGGGAAGUUUGCUGGGCCAAAUUUUGGGGAAUAGAACAUACAGUAAGUUGUAGUAUUUAAGGUGAUUGGAAUGAUUUAGUGGAUUUGGACUUGGUCCUGUUAUCUCUCAUGUUGGCAUCAACUGUGUAUACAGGUUAAAUACUAGACUUUUUUAAUAAGGUUUGUUUUUAACGAUUUGUCAGACUGAUGCCUUUUAAUCCACACUCAACAAAUCGAUGUAGUAGUAUGCAAUCAACAAGACUUUGCAGGUAAAUCUCAGACGAUCGAUUCAUGCACGUGUGAAUUAACAGGAAUUUGAUUCGGACGAACUGUCUGAAACAAACUUUUGCAUACGUAUAUAAAAUACUAUAUCCGAGUGGAUUCAAGACACUUCUUAAUGAGACGGUAUAAGAAUAGUAAUCAUUUUUAUUUAUCCUACCUCGCCCCUCCCGUUACUGAUGUCGGAGAGUGUGACUCCCAUCAGUCUCAAGCAGCCUGAGACCUUUUUGUCCCAUUGCUACACUAAAAAAAUGGAAAUAGAAGUGUGUGUGUGCAUCUAUUUAUGCACUUGUUAUGCUGUCUUUGUGUGUUUUUACAUUCCACAAUAACUGGAAGGCAGGGAAAAUCCCUGGUAUUCCAGUUGCUGUGGAACCUGAUUUAAAUACAUCUAAUGUCCAUAACAGUGAAGUUUAUUUAAAAAUGGCACCAUCUUGUGAUUCUGGAACCUUUGGCUCUAUUCUUUCCUUAAUAUAUACACUACAGCGUUUUGUUUUAUAUAUCUAUUUGUGGUAUGUGCCUUAUAGAAAUCUUUUAUGAUCAGAAUAUAUAUGGCAUUUAUAUAACCAAUACAAUAAUAGCUGAUGCGCAGACUGUAAAACCUACAAACGCUUUUGGGUUUUACAUCCUCUUCAUCCUGUUUCAGCGAUUGGUUAGAUUAUCAAGAGGUUGGAAUAUAACCUUUAUCCCUGGGUAUCCAUGAGAAUUUGGAUUACACAAUUUGACUCAAAACUUUAGUUAUAUAAAUAUAUUUAAAAUUGCUUACAUGGUUAUCGUGCAAAGAGCUUCUGUCUCUCUCUCGCUCGUCUGUUGGUUAUAAGUGCAGCAGUUUGCAAACAUCAUUGCAACUACUGUCCUGUACUUUUGAUAUGUGUGCAUAACAUCAUUUUAAAGGGUUACACCAACCAGUGCACCCUGCUGCCAAUUUUUAUUACUUUUUGCCAUGUUACCCGGGUCCCCGCUGGGAACUGGGUCUCCUAUUGUGCUGGUUCGUGCCGCUCCUUCAUUGGAUGAGCGCAUCAGCUUAUUUCUCUCAGCCAAUGAAUUGGCCUCUAUGCAUAGAAAUAUACAAACAAAUGUUAGUCAGUCUAACACUCUGACACCCCUAUGAAAUUGCUGGAGGUGGAGUGCCACCUCUUGAAGCAAAGGGGUUAAACUCCGUAUGUGCAGCAUUUCAUAGCGAAACGCUGCACUUUUAAAUUCCAUGUACCAUGACCACUUCAAAAUGUCAGCUGAUAAAUUGACAUUUCUCCUGUGCAUGUGUUUCCUAGAAUCCUCCAGUUAGUUAUGAGUUCCACAUUACCUAGACAAGCUGUGUUAUUUUCUAAAUCAUGAAUUAUCAGAAAAUAAGAUAUUUAAACCUUUUGGUCAAAAAUAGAAGUGCUGAAUAAUUUUUUUUUUUUUUUCUAAUUUGGUCUGUUUGAUAUUUAUUGCAUAAUUCCUUAAUUUAAUCAGUAGCCAUGGGAGCAUGUGAUACAUUGCUUUUUGUCUUAUUUUUCAAUGUAUAGAAAAUAAAACAAACUGAUUAAACACACAAGGUAGUUAAAUUGGAUGUCUUCUAUUUGGAAUGCUUUAAAUUCUUUUCAAAUAAAAGAUGUGUAUACAGUGUGUGUAUAUGUAUACACACUGUAACAAACCACGUCUUUUACAGGUAGGAUUUUGUCACAGAUCUUACAAUAAACCACAGCCUUCUAGGGUAUACAAAGUCCAGGACACAUUCAGUUCGGUUUUCCUUUAUUUGAUAAGAAAGCAGGUGCUUUAAUAAUAAACAAAACAAAAUUCCUUGCUCCUACUUGAGCUCUUACUAGACAGAAAUCACUAUCUGUAAUUGGGUGGCUUUCCCACUUACCAAUUUCCCCCCAAAAACUAAAUAGCUUUGCAAUAAACACAAUUGUUGUUCUCUGUCCUUCAGCUCUCCUAGCUGGCUUUUUCUCCCUCUCUCUGCAGCAGGCUGAUCUCUUCUUUUAAAGGCCUGUCUGCUAAUUGACCAGCUACAGGUGAGUGCCAAUUAGUUAACUCUUAGGCUAAAUCAAAAUUCUGGUCUGUUACACAGCAACUAGUGUUGUUGGAGCAUUGGCCCACCCUGCUCUCCAAAUGCUCCACCCCAGGGACCAAAACCUUGUUUUGCAGAGCAUCAGCAAUGUAUAUUGCAAACUUUAACAUCUCUCCCUGGGGCAUUUAACUGAAAAUUCUCUGGUUGCUGUUUAGCAAAUCAGGCCUGAUGUAUCUUCCAUCAACCACUAUUCCACUUUUUUGCUCACAACACACACACAUUCAGGAACUUGUGUAUGUGGAUUCUGUUUAUGAUCACCUCAAAUGCAAUCCUACUGCAUUAACUUUUCAUUUGAGAUGUCAGAAGAGUAGCUUGCCACGUGACGCUAACCCUACUUAAUUUUUUAUUAUUUUUGUUGAAAUAUUAGUCAGGAAGGAAUUGUUGGAGGUACUGAAAAUUCCUGUCAAGGAGAAGUGGGAGAGAGCCUUGUGGAUAGAGCUGCUAUGAGAUUUUGUUAUGCCUUUAGAGAGGUGUGGGAUGUAGGAUUGUAGUGGAUUGCUGUUGUAGUAUAAUGGUAGUGGGCAGGAUAGUUUAGUGGGAUUUGCAGGCAGGGAGAAAGCAUUAGUAAUAAAAUGAGUGAGCAGAAGGGAGACCCUAACAUUAAUCAGACAUUAAUGUUGCAGCAAGGCAUAAAAGCCUUGAACCUCCUUCAUAGUUGCACAUUAUCCUUUCAGUUGGAGACUGCUUUCUACAUUUCAGUAUUACUGUGGGCACCUUUUUAAGGCGCCCAGAACUGUAAGCACUAACAUUUCUGUGCCACAGCUUCUGCACUUUACCAUAAGGCCGGUGGCUCAGGGAGCAUCUGGAGUCCAAGCAAAACUUUUUUCUUUAGAAUCCACUGUGUACUUUGUGUGGUUGUGGAAAUCUCAUUUUUGUGUGUGUGUGUGUAUGUGUUUGAGGCACAUAUCAACUGUAUUGUUAGGCAACAACCUAUCUCCAGCACUCCAGCUGCCCUGGUACAAGAAAGGAAUUUGAAAAGCAAUCUGUAUAUAUGUGCAAAUAGACUGCUUAGUCUUCUUUCUUGUAGUUUGUUAUGACUGUAGAAUAUCAAAAUGGCAUUAUUUCAUAUAAUACAUGUUUGCUAUUUUUCUGUCCUGGAAAAAUUUCUUGUAUUGUGUGAUCAAAGAAAACCUACUAGCAAACUUUAUUCGGUAGUUGUUGAUCAGUUGUUUUUUCUAGAAUCUGAGAGCAAGUGCCAGACAUAACGAGCAAGACAUGUUAACAUGGAAACAUCUGAAUAUUAGCUAUAUUUCUAUUUCGUGUUAGGAUUAUAUUUGGCAUGAUUAGCAUUAUGUCCCAUUAUUAUGCAGAUUUUCCCCUUCCUUUAUUAUUUACAACUACCCUUCUGUCUGCAUACUUCCAUGUCUUGUCUGAGGGACAGAUAUCCUAGGUAUCUUGUAAAGACCUGGGAAAUCUCUGCCUGCUAACUCACUAGGUUCCAGAAAGCGCUUCUGGGCACCACUUCCAAAUGCCUCCAUUCAGUCGAGGUAUCCGCAGGAUGUAAUCUCAUUUCACAUCCCACUUUUGCUCUGAGACAGCCCGCAGUCUUGUAGGUUGGGGAUUACAUAAAAAGAUCUUUUUGUGUCAGAGGCAGGUCCUCUAUUGUGUAGCACCAUGGCUUUUUCGAUCCCCAGCUCUGUGUUGGGGGGGGGGGGAAUUAAGAGAAUUAAAGCGAUCUGCAUCUCCAAUAAGCGUCCGCUGGCCACAGGGUGCAGUGGAAGGUAUAUUUACCCAAAGGUGUAAUUUGAGGCUACCGCCAUCUAAUUCAUGGAGGUAUUCUUUGGCUCCUGGUACUUCAUUUGCCAGGAGCCGCGUGGGUGCUGCAUAUGCAUGCACUUGAGGUGUGUUGUGAUGUGUGUGUGUGUGUGUGUGUGUGUGUUUCCAAAUGUAUGCAUGUGUAGAAAUUGUAUAUAAAAGUUUGAUAGGUAGCAGUUGCAAAAACUAUAUUAAUUGAACGAUUGCCAUGUAAAGACCAAAAGGGCAUCAUUGUGGUUUAAAGUGACUUCACAAUAUUGUGAUUAUUAUUCUGGUGCGUUUUGGUUAUUUAAGGCAAUGCAUUCUCUGUCCUAACUGGUUCAUUCCCAUGGCCUGUGAAAUCAUAUACAGACAGAAAAUGUGUUCCUCUAACAGGUGGACAAGAUUUAUGAACAGUAUUUACUGAGACUUGACAUGCAUGUGAACAAAAGCCAAGUGGUAGAGAUUGCCUCCAUGCCUCUUUUUUUUAUUAACGGAGAUCACCAUUUUAUAGAACACUUUGGGGUUCCUGCGAGAGGGCUGUUUGUUUCCCAUAGACCCUUGUGCUUUUCCUAUCUGCCUGAAGUGUCCUGCCCUUAAACUAGUAUUUGUUACCAUGUUUAACAUCUGUGGCCAAAGUAAGCAAAAUAGAAGUUGCUAUUAAAAUGUGACUGCUACUUAGUUUGACUUGUGGGUUCACUUCUGUGUAUAAAUCAUUUAAAAGCACAGCGUUUUUUGUUUGGAUUUUUCUUUUCUAAAGGAAGUUUGUGUGACACUGAACAAUUUUACAGAAACGGUAGCUUACGAGUGUAACUGAUAAAACACUGUUAAAUCCCAGGAUUAGCAUCACUCUUACGCCUGCUCGAUCACACAUUUAUAUAGACUGAUUACAAGAGGUCAUCUGAUAUCUGCGAUUGGUUUCAUGAGUGUGUUAUCAAAGACAUUGUAGAGUAGGAGCCUAGCUGAUAGACCCUACUCUUUCCUCAACUCCAUGUGCAUGUUUCUACAGUGACAGCUCACCUGGGGGUGAAAUCUUAAGAUUAAGGGAAUGGGACAAUAUUUCUCAUCUAUAUAAGUGGGGGACUUGGCACAGAUUGUGGAAGUGCUUCUGUUGAGAUUUUCAUUAUGAUUCGUUAUGAAAAGCACUUUAAAUCCUAAAGCAAUGAAAAUAUACACAUUACAAAACAGGCACUUUGCAUUAUCUGUGGCUCAGUCUUAGGCAACAUAUGGCAAUAAGUAGAGCUUCCAACAUCAGGUAAGUAUGUCUACCGAAAUACUCCCAACACACUGACCACUAUCCUCUAUGUAGAUAUGCUACUUUUGGGGAUGUCAAUGCUAAAAUGAAAACAUCGGUUUUCAGCGGUUUAAAAUGUGAAUAUCUUUUCUGUAACAACACUGACUUUACCAUAAACCACCUAUGUAGAGGAAAAUCAAGCUUGCAGACGCUUUGCUUUUUGAGAUUGAUAAUCAACUUUAUGCCUGUAUUUCCAAUUUCUGAAAGUAGACCUUACUGAAAUAAGCAAAUGGCAUUAUAAAUGACAUUACGAGUAGUGGUUAUUUGUUGAAAUGGAUUUGUGUGAAGCCAUUUAUAUAUUUUUACAUAAAUGCAUAUGAAUGUCUGGUAAAUGUAUACGAGUUACACUAGCACUGUUAAUUAUUAAUAUUGCAGUUUUGUUAUUUCUUUCUCUCUCUCUCUAUAUAUAUCUAUAUCUAUAUACACACACACACACAUAAAUUUCUUUAUUUUUAUUUUUUUUUCCUCCCUGUUUUCUCAGGAAAUCUGCCAAGUCUCGCAGCAGGAGUCCUGUGUAUUCCAGAAAGUCCUCUUCUUCAUCUCGCAGUAAGAAGAAGUCUCAGUCACGAAGUCGCCAUUCCAGUAUUUCACCUGCCCGAUUGCCAUUAAACUCUAGUUUGGGUGCUGAACUGAGUCGCAAGAAAAAAGAGAGGGCAGCUGCUGCAGCAGCGGCUGGUAGAGAUUCCAGGGGUAGCCCGUUAUUACUUAAGAGAGAAAUUGGGGAUUCCAGAGCAACUCUUGCACUUGAUUCUAAAAAGGCAACCAAAAUUGUUAAAAUAGAAAAAUCUGUAUCUGAUACAGAGUUAUUAACUGCUGUUAACGUGGAGAACAAGGCACCAGUUGUAUCAGUGAAGCAGGAAGAGAGUGACAAAAAGCCACCACUUGUGGCCAGGGACCCAAAACUUUCAGCUGCAAAGGACAGCAAAGUAGCAUCCAUCAAAGAGGAUGUUUUGAUGCCAAAGGAAGGAGCAACAGACAGAGAGAAAGAAAAGGACGUACCACCCCCUCUGCCCCCUCUCCAAUCUCCACCACCUCCUCUACCUGCUUGCUCUCCUCCUCCUCCUACACCCCCACUUCCUCCACUCCCUCCGUGCCCAGCUGCCCCACUCCAGCCUCCACCACCCCUUCCUCCCCAGCCCACAGUGACAUUCCUGCCUCUUCCAACCACUGUGGCUGCUUCUUUGACAUCCACUUUCCAUACAAGAGUAACAUCUGUGACUGCUCAGGCAAACUCUCAAUCUACUGUAUUCUCAAAUUCUAAGCCACAAGCACCUGUCACUAUAACCAUCCCUCAUCUGAAGACCUCAACUCUGCCUCCACUGCCACUCCCACCACUGCUUCCAGGUGAAGACGACUUAGGGAGGUGAGUUUAUGAUUUUAUUUAUGGAUAACUCACAUUCCAGUGUAUACAUAUGCAUAUUACAGGCACAACUGGAGUUAUGUUAUGUCUAAAACAUUUUAGGGGCAUUGUUACAAGUGGUGAACCAAACAGCAUUUUCCCUGGUGUUACUUUUUAAAACUUUAUAAACAUCUCUCCAUUUCAUUACCCUUAUUUUCUCCAUUCGAAUUAUGGAAAUGAGGCUCACUUGACUGUAUAACAUCUUAUGCUGAAAAUACUAUAUAAUGUAUCCUAGCAGGGAAUAUUCUGUUUAAUUGCUCUAGAUGUUGGUUUAAAACUAACCAGCCAUCUCUGCAGGUUUAUGGGUGUUCUAUUGCUAUAGCAAGAACCCCUGGUUACUCCUUGCCUUUCCAGAGAGAUGUGUUCCGCCAGGAUGACUUCGCUUUAUUCAUUGCCACUGCACUGACAUUUGUCACUUCAUUCUUAGUCUCUUGGAACAGAAUAACCACUUUUUGACACGUAGUGAGGUGCCAUAAGUUAAUAUUUACAUAUAAUGUUUGAUUUAUUUAUUAGGUAAAUUCUUUCCACUUGUUAGUUAUUCGGAAACAUUCGUGGUGCAUUUAAUACAACUUGUAUCAAUACAGUACUAAGAACAAAGAAGUGAGAAAAUGAGAUAUUUGAAGAAGAAUUUAUCCUUUUUUUUUUUUUUUGUGUGGCAUAAUUGGAAAUGUCUACACAUUUUUUUUUGCUUUCUUUUAAAUAAACAAAAGGUUUCAAGGUAGAACUGGGAUCCCAAAAAACAGGAGGUCCCAUGCUAGUUACAGACUGUCUUAUAAACAAUACAAUUGUGGACCUACACUCCAUGCUUAAAUUGACACUAUAAUCACCAGAAGAACUACAGCUUAAUGUAGUUGUUUUGGUGAGUAUAAUCAUUCCCUGCAGGAAUUUUCAUAAAAAGGCAGUGUUUACAUUGCCCCCUAAGGAGACUUCAAGUGGCCACUCCUCAGAUUGCCACUGGAGGUGCUUCCUGGGGCAGGGCAGCACUGCCAUUCAGCUUCUGGUGACACUGAACUCUCCUCAUAGAGAUGUAUGGAUUCAAUGCAUCUCUAUGAUGAGGUACUGAUUGGCCAAGCCAGUGUUCGCUUUCUUUACUAUAUCAGCCAAUUCAAUGCUUUCCCUAUGAUGAUGUCAGCAAGAAGGCAGAUUGGAUAACAUUACCUUUUUAUGGUGGGGCAAGCCACCUUAAAUGGGGAUUUUAACACUAUGGGGUCAGGAAUACAUGUUUGUGUUCCUGCCCCUAUAGUGUUCAUUUAAUCUCUCUGUGGUCUGUACUUUAGAUGUUUAACAAUUGCUUGCAACGUCUUUCAAGCAUAGAGAACAAUGUCUUUCACUGGUUAAUGAUGCAAUAUUAUCCAAAUUGUAGCAAUAAAUCUUUAAAAUAGCGGCCCAGCGAUUAAAAAAAAUUUCAGUAGUGGUUGAUCAGAGUGCUGUGCAGCUAGUUUUUCUAAAGGAGCUUCCUUCUGGAUAAGUUUAUCAUUUGGUGAAUAGGACACACCAAAAACUGUCAAGGUGUAAUUUAUACUUAUCAAAUAGUAAAAAAAUAGAAUUAAAACUCAACAAUGAAACUGUACAUCUCUGUGCCCACAAACUGACACUAGUAUUACAGCACUCUAUUGAGCUUAAGAGUAUAAAUCCACUGUUGCUGCCUGGUUUCCUGUACACCUUCUCUCUGGUGUUGCUUCCAGACAGUUGUGUUUGCAGUCAGGCAUACACAGAUUACGGUAUCCAAGCAGGCUUAAAACAGUGUAGCGGUAAUCGUUUAACUCCUGUGCCUUUUGUGGAUGUACACCCACUUUGUCAGGGAGAAUGACCGAUUACCGCACAUUUAAAUACAAAAAAACAGCCACUUAGUCGGCAACCCCCUUUAUUCGAGAGUUUAUCACACAUUUAACCAGCUAUUGCAGAUACUAUACUACUCCACAAAAAUGACACACUUUGCCAAAUAUAACUACAUAUUAAUUAUGAUAUAUAUGAUACAUGCCAAAUACACAUUAAAUACUAUAUUGUUACAUAUGAAGUCUAGGUAUGUCCUUUUCAGAUCUAUUGCAAAUCCCAAUAUUCACGUUAAAUGCUCAUUCUUAGUUUAAGUUGGAGGGAUAAAAGCAAAAAAAGCAUAAGAUAAAAAUUGUUAACACUUUUUUGUCCUGACUGGUAUUACCAUAGUCUUCUUAUAUUAAACCUCCCCCCCCCAUCCCCUCCAUGCCCAGUUUAGGGGCAGUUUUACACCGUGGAGCUGCAGCCUUACUCAAUAUGUUUAUCUAUGACCAUUUGCACCAUAAUGUAUUUGAUACAUAGUGUACAUUUCUGCUCCAAGGCUCUUAGUAUAUUUAUCCGACAUCCACACACAUUUUGCAUAUAUUGUGACAUUAUAUUGCUAUGCUAAUAUUAUAGUUUCUAAAAUGUGAUUGUGUGCAUCUAUAUUCUAUAUGUGUGUGUUUAUGCACACACGUUCAAACAUUUGGGGGCAUUUUCCAUGAAAACAUGCAUGAAAUGCAUUUGAAUACGAAGUAUAGACAUUGAUGAGGUUAGAAAUAAGUAUUUUUUACGUGAAAUUGUCUCCUUCAAACUUUGCUUUUGGCAAAGAAUCCUCCAUGUGCAGCAAUUACAGCUUUACAGAUUUUUGGCGAUUUACUUGCCAAUUUGUUGAGGUAAUCUGAAGAUAUUUCACCCCAUGCUUCCUUACCACCCAAAAGUUGGAUUUGCUUGAUCGGUUUACGUACCAUACGGUCAAGCUGCUCCCACAAAAACUCAAUAGGAUUGAGGUCUGGUGACUGUGCUGGUCACUCUAUUAAAGACAAUACCAGCUGCCUGCUCACUGUCUAAAUUGUUCUUGCAUUGUUUGUAGCUACACUUUGGGUUGUCUUGUUGUAGGAGGUUGGCUCUAAUCAAGCACCAUCUACAGGCUAUGGCAUGGUGUUGUAGAAGGGAGUAAAACCCUUCUCCUUCAAGGUUGCUUUUACCUUGUAUAAAUCCUACUCUACCACCACAAAACCCCCCCCAGGCCAUCACAUUGCCUUCACCAUGCUUCACAGAUGGCAUCAAGCACUCUUCCUGCAUCUUUUCAUUUGGUAUGCAUGCAUUUCACAAAUGUUCUUCUUUAUGAUCCAAACAAAUCAAACUUAGAUUUGUCUUUCCAUAACACUUUUUUUCCUAAUCUUCCUCUGCCCAGUGCCUGUGCCCAUUUUUUUCCUUUUACUUUAUAUUUUUGCUGUGCAAAGGGUAUGCACAAACAAGCUUGAGGUACUGCAAAGGCAGUCCUUUAGUGUCAUCAAGUUUUACAAUAGAUUGGAUGUGCACCUUUUUUAUAUGAGAUUAAUAAACAUGCGCAAGGAUUCAAGGUAUGGUAGCAAGAAUUAAAACUAGAUUAGGCUUACUGAUGCUGAUUAAAAUGUAUAACAUGCUAGCUGGGUGUAUAUUCAGAUAGAUAUAUAGUAACAUAUAUAAUAGGAAUAAGCCUAUGGUACGCAAUGUCAUCCUGUCUAAAUAGUGGAGGAAGGCAAGUGUAUGUUGCAUUCUGUGAGAAGUUUUGUAGCACAGAAUAAUAGUGAAAGAUAUCAGGCCUAGUGUGCUGGCUACAUAAGGCAAUAUACAUAUCAUUCUGAGGAUAUGUCGUCCAAUCCGAUGCAGUCUGCAAGAGGGUUUGAGUCCUGCGUGGUAAAGGCGGUCGUGGGCUGCGGGGAACCAAGCUAGUCCCUCCAGCUGAUACUCUGGAUAAUCAUCCGAUGCCCCAGUCCGCAUUGGGGAGCAGUGUAGCGAUGUGGACGUGGGGCGCCCCUCCAGCCCCGGGGUUGUGGGAAAGCCGGUACCCUUGUAUCACGAACCUGGAGUCCUGUGAGGUCCAGUGUCUUCCCGUUAGGGGUGGUGUGGUGGGCGCUGCUUGUUGACAGUGUGGGACUCCAAUUGCGUCUCUUAGCCCUCCGCGUGUGUGGCCGGUACCUUCUGGUCAAAACCUUCUUUGCUCUCAGCCCAGGUGAGCAGUGUGUGCUGGUUGUGGAAGCUGGGGACAAGUUUGCACCUUGAGAGGUUACUAAAUCCUCCUGGUGCCCCUAUCUUGUGCUCCCAUAGGUGACCUUUGCUCGUCGUUCGCGGUUUAACAGCAUCACCCAGAACCUUUCAAAUAUUGCGUUGUGUCUGGUGCUGUAGUGCUGGGGUCUGCUGUGUAGGAGCCUUGUACGUCCGCCAUCUUGGUUCCCUCCGCUCUCUAUCAGCUGAGGAGUAGUACAGGGUCCUCUGGGACGGGUUAGGCUGCAGCAGUUCUGGACGACUGGGACCGGGAUAAGAAUAAUGCUCAGACGGGCCUUGUAACUGCAGGAGGAAAGCGGCCGUCUUUUCCCCACGCUCUUUCUGGUAGGCCGCACCUUGUUGCCUCGGUUCACGGGCACUCAGAACAUUAACUCUGGUGUCAAAAGUUGCGGGUAAGUUAUCUCUGCUUGUAGGGCUCCGUAGGUACCAUUUUCCAGCACCUCUGCCCGAAAAAUCACCGGGUUUGUCGCUCUGCACGUCUGGCUAGCUUGCUGGUCAGGCUCUGCCCCCGCCUGUGCCCAUUUUAAAGCGGAUUGGAGGGGCAUUGAAAUGUGAGUUUAACUUAUCUGAACCUGUCCCUCGCAGUUGCUGCCAUUGUCGUCUGGCUGGUUUCUUCUGCUUCCUGCGCUUCAGCGCCUGGAGCCAAAGUCACUGCUGUAUUCCUAAGCUUGUGCAAGAGUACAGCAUUGAGACCUCGUUAUCCUCAUUGGAGCCAAUUCCCUGCAGUCGUCACUAGUGACGAUUGCGGAGCCUACACUUCUCCCUGAUAGCUUUGCCCAGUAUCAAGAAGUUUCAAGCGUAGGAAAAAUUACUGAGACAAAGUACUUUCUACUUUGUCUCAGUGUAUCUUUUGACUGUGUUGGAAUUUCUAUAUCACUAUAACUACUUAAACGAGAAGAAGCAGCUACUUUUACUACAGUGUCCCUUUACGCUUCGCCAAUUUCCAGAAAUCAUAUUCCAAUUUUUUAAAUUUUUUUAAAUUUUUUUAUUUAAAUUUUCAUUUUCUAUUUUGUAAAUAAACUGUAAGACAAACGUUAUAGCAUACCGGCUUGUACAAAAGCCUGUAGUACAUGUCGUGCAAUUCAACUUUGUUAUACAUUAUGUAUUUCAGUACAUUAUCCUUUUACUCAGCUCGUUUCUGCUGUCAACCAAGGUGUUUUUUUUUUUAGGAGAGUACACUGAUGAUAGCAAUAAUCGGCUGCCGGUUCGCCCUUCUGCCAUUGUACCUUUUUUUUUAACCAUCUGUAUCUACAGAGCUUGUACCGCCCUUUUGCUUAUUUUUUUUUUGGUCUGGCAUACACUUGGUCCCGUGUAAAGCAUGGGGUAAGGAAAGGAAAAGAUAGACAUUUAGAAAGAGAUGGGGGGGCACUGGAGCGCGCGGCGGGGAACAGGGGUGGCCGGUCCUUAAUGCUUGUGACUGUGUUGCAUUCCUAUUGGUUCUGUCCAUGGCGACUGUCUAUCUUGUCACCUGGCUCCUCAUGGGACUCCUCUCACCCAGUGGGCUGCUAUCCCAGGGUUCCCAUAUUUUUUGAAACGUUACUGUGGUGCCCUUCACCCUAGCUGUUAGGUCAUCCAUUAAUCUGCUAUCUUUGAUCUUAGAGAAUAUUUCGGUAAAGCUCGAUCCCUCCGGCGCCAACCAUGCUGUCGCUAUCGUUCUACGUGCGCUUAAUGUGAUCUUGUGCAAUAGUUUUUGCUCCAUUCUAGUCCACCCCUCUAGAAACCUAUUCAAGAGGUAGACCCAUGGGUCCAUAGCUGGUGUUCUAUGGAAGAUCUGUCGCACAAGUUCUCGACCGAUAUCCAAAAUCUAUUUAUGGUUGGUCAUUCCCACCACAUAUGUAUGUACGUUCCUCUACUACCGCACCCCCUCCAGCAGUCAUCUGUGUUUAUUUUAUGCAUUCUUAAAAGCUUCACUGGGGUAGUGUACCAUCGGAACAUGGUUUUCCACGCCUGAUCCUGAAGCGUCACGCACAUUGAUGUAUUUUUGUUUGCUUCCCAGAUUUCCUGCCAUUCAAUUCCUUCCAGGACCUCGCCAAGGUCCCGUUCCCACUGGUCUGUGUAGGUCAGUCUGCCCCACUCUGUUUUCGGAGCUAAGGUGCUUUCUCUGUUGCGCACAGCUUCUCGAAGGUGGUCAGCUGCCUGCAGGCUGCUAUUUUGAUGUGGGGGUGGUUGGCGAAGUCUCUAAGUUGCACGUAUCUGAAGAAGUCAGAAGGUGUUAAAUGAUGUUGUGUAAGGUCUUCAAACUGUACUAUUUCUACCCCCUGGAACAUGUGGCCCAUCCUCUGUAGACCUACCCUUUCUAGGUUACGAAAUUCCCUCGCUGCCAUACCCAGUGGGAAGGCUCUGUUUCGAAGCAACGGCUUUAGUGGGGACGGGGGGGAGGCCAGGCCGUAUUUGACGUUUGUCGCAUCCCAUAUACGUAUUGCGUUCAAUGUUGCUGGGCAUGUCGCCCUUAUCAUAGGUCUGUGUUCCCUCGGUAUCCACAUUGUAAACUGUGGGAGGUCCGAUCCCACCAUGAGAGCCUCUGUCUACCCAUUUCCGUUCGUCUGGGGGGUAUGCCACAUCACCAACUGUGCCAGUUAGGCUGCUAGGUAAUAAAAAUAAAGGUUCGGUAGGCCUAGUCCCCCUCUGUCUUUUUUCCUGUACAGAACCUCUCUGGAGAUCCUAUGUCUCCUGUUCUGCCAUAUGAAAUUACCUAUUGCUCGUUGUAGGGGUACCAAUUGUGUUUUUGUAAUGCGUAUGGGCAGCGUCUGAAACAAGAAGAGGAUUCGUGGGAUAAUAUUCAUCUUGACGGAAUGAAUUCUUCCUAUCCACGAGAUGGGUUUGUCCAUCCACUUUUCUAAGUCCUCGAUCAGUGUUCUGAGCAUCGGCAUAUAGUUUGCAGCAUAUAGCGUGCUUGGGUCCGCUGUCAAGUGUAUUCCCAAAUAUUUUAGGGAGUCUUAUUCCAUUCGAACAUGAUGCGUGUCUCGCAGCCGGGUCACAUCAUCCGGCGUCAUCCCUACCGGUAAGGCACUCUACUUAAUGUUGUUUGCCUUGUACCCUGAUAUUGCUCCAUAUUCCUUUAUCACGUCCUGCAGCCCUCCCAUCGAUUCCAUCGGGUUCGUUACGGUCAACAAGACAUCUGCAUAGGCGGAGACCUUGAACUCGCUUCCUCCUAACAUUACUCACCGUAUAUUCGGGUGUCUCCGUAUCGCUUGUAGGAAGGGAUCUAGAGCCAGCACAAAUAGGGGGGAGAGUGGGCACCCCUGUCUAGUGCCAUUAUGCAAUUGGAAAGGGCUUAACUGGGCACCCGGACCUGUGCCCUCACGUUGCUGUACAUCCCCUUGGUUAGUGCUAUAUAAUCUGACGGGAAACCCAUGUGCGCCAGCAGGGUGAAUAGAUAUGGCCACCUGACCCUAUCGAAAGCCUUCUCUGCAUCUAUAGAAAAGACCAACAUGGGUGUCCCCGUGAUUUUGUUUCCAUAUAAGAUCUAUAUUCCUCCUGGUGUUGUCGAAAAGUUGUCUGCCAGGUAUAAAUCCAACCUAAUCUGCGUUGAUUACUGAGUUCAGUAGCGGGUUCAGUCUGUCUGCCUGUAUUUUGGCUAAUAUUUUCAUGUCAUGGUUAAUGAGAGAAAUUGGUCUGUAAUUUUCCGGUUGAAGCGGGUCUUUUUGGGGUUUUGGUAGCAGUACUAUAGUGGCCAGUGACAUUUCCUGAUCGGGGUCAGAUGCCCUUCUCCACUCUGCGAAUAGUUUCACCAAUCUCGGUGUGAGUUCUUCUCGGAAAACGUUAUAGUAAGCUCCGUCGGGCCUGGGUGCCUUAUUCCGCUCAAUCCCGAGAUGGCUCUAUCCACAUCUUCCUCAGUUAUAUCUGCCGCAAGACUGUUUAUAGCCUCACUCGACAAUUUGGGCAAAUCCAGGCCUUCCAAAAAUCGUAGUAUGUGUUCUUCUUCUUGUCCAUCCUGGUGUGUGUGUGUGUGUGUGUGUGUGUGUGUGUGUGUUUUUAAGCGUUUGUAGAAAUCUUCAAAUACGGAGGCAAUAUCUUGUGGGUUCGUUUUUAUAGAGCCGUCUGGGUGUUUUAUGGCCGUUAUGUGGGAUCUUCCCUGUUUAGGCCUGAGUGUUCUGGCCAGGAGUGUAUCCAUUUUAUUGGCCUUUUCGUAAUAAGUCCUCCUGCCACAUAACAUUGAGCUUGCCGUAUCAUCUAGCAGUAACUUGUGGAUGGACCGUCUUACAGAUUCUAAUUGUCGAUAAAUUCCAUCUUCUGGUGUCACUUGAUGCCGCAGUUCAAGAGUUCUGAGUUAGGUCAUGAGAGCUUCUAGCUUUUGGAAAUUAAUCUUCUUUUUCCAGGUGGCUAUUUUGAUGAAAGCCCCCCUAAUUACUGACUUAUGGGCCGCCCAUACCGUGUUCAUCUGCAGCUCAGGGGUAUCGUUAAACUGAAAAUAUUCCUGUAUCUCGGUCCUUAUUUGUUCCGUUAUCUGUUAAUUCCUGAGUAGUGAGUUGUUAAGUCUCCACGUCCAGGGGGACGCCGCGCAUAGGUUUCCCAGAGUGGUGGACGCCUCUGCAUGGUCCGACCAGGAGAUGUUUCCCAGCACCGACCCCGCCAUGCUGAUUUUAUUAACAAGGAACAAAUCUGUCCUAUUGUAUGUUCCAUGGGGCGCGGAAUAGAAGGUAUAGUCCCUAUCCCCUGGGUGUUGAGCACGCCACACGUCUAUCAGGCCUGUUGCUUCUAUGAAAUCCCGAAGCAGCUUAUCCUGUCCUCCCCUCCCUUGUGAUCUAGGGCCUCCGCCCCUCCCGGUCCUAUCCACCGCCGGACAUGGCACCGCGUUGAAAUCCCCUCCCAUUAUGAUCAUUCCGUAUGGUAGCAUUGCCAGUUUGUCCUUCAGCUUGGUCCAGAACUCUGGGUCCGGCUGAUUUGGCACGUAAACAUUGACUAGGUGUAUGGUAUGUGAGUAUAAAGUGCCUGUCACUAUAAUGAACCGUCCGUCUGGGUCGGCUUCCCAUGAAACCAUGCUUAAUGGGCAGCUGUUUCGUAUCAUUAUGGCCAUUUCGUUUGCGGUGUGACCAACCCUUAAAUGACGUUUGGUACGUAUGGUCCUUUAAUCUAAACUUCACUUGUUUUGGCAAAUGAGUCUCCUGCACAAAUGCUAUGUCCGAAUUCAUCCUUUUCAGUUCUCUAAACAUCAUUCUACGUUUCCUAGGUGCGUUGAGGCCUUUAACGUUUAAUGAGAUUAUUUUUACGGCCAUGAUCUCUUGCCUAGAAUCCUGCUAUAAUUCACAGCCUUCCCCGCUUCGUCUGCCCCUCUUAGGUUUCUCCAACUGCCAGCCUGCUCCCCACGCCCCCCCCAAAGUACACACAGAGGAAGAAGAAGAAAAAAGGAAAAGAGAAAAAAAAAGAGAGAAUUGGAUAAGCCAGCGUGUAAGCCAUUAUUGGCAUAUUUGGUCUGGUCUUAUCUAUCGCCAGACUCAGUUGGUGUUGUAUGAUCCCGCCCCUCCCCUUCGAUCAACGCCAGUAGGAGCUGCGUGAACAUGACCCCUGAUUCGCGUGCGCCUUUUGUGCAUCGCUGUGACCUUAUACAUUUUGAGUCUAAACCUGAGGACAACUUGAACCCGGGCAACUGCCCAUUAACUAAACAUAAUUGGGGUGUGUGGCAUGUACAUCAAUGGGUUCAUACGGCACGUGAUUUCCCACAGGUGGGAAUAUACGAAAGAUUUCGGUUUUUUUUGUUGUUUUUUUCUGCCCAAGGGCUCCUAUCUCCUCCUUUCACCUCGUAGUUAAUCUUUGAGUGUGUUUUGAAAAUAUUUUGAUGCUCUCGUGGGUAUGGGGGUGCUGAUAAGGGUGCCUUUCCUUCCCUUUGGGGCUCUCCCGCCAAUUGUCCUAUUCCCUUCGGUUGCCCAUCCGCCUUCUGAGUUCACGGCUAACCUGUAGGGGGGUCGGCUGCUGGCUACUGGCUGCAUAUUUCGAGGCCGAUUUCCCCCUCCCUGCUAUAGGCCCCUCGGUGAUUCCCGCCCCCGACCUUACCGGGAUUGGGAGUCGUGCAUCGGCCAUAUGUCUCCCGGGUUCCUGGUCCCAUAACUCUCUCCCCAACCCUGGGCUUCCAUUACAUAGGACUUGUGACGGUGGGAUCCUUCCCUCUGAGGCCCUUACAACCCCAUAAGGCAGGUUCCUUUCUAAGAUAUUAAUUUUUAUUUUAUUCUAUUUUGUGAUUUAUUCUAUAUUUUUUAGUUAUUUACACCCCCUAUCUCCAUUCAGUUCCACCUUAAUUCCGCCCUCAGACCGGGUGACGCACCUAUGACGGCUGAGACCCCCACGGAGUGGAGCGGCUUCUAUUUGCUCCAUUGACCUUCGUUUUUGACUGCCAUAUUCCGUCAGGGGGUUAGCCCUCCCUCCUCCCCCCCCCCUAGUCUGAAACAUUCAACCUAAACAAUAACUUGCAUCAGCAAAUUAUGCAUUUUUAACAUACAUUCUUAUAGGAAUUUCUGUCCCCUUGGCAUUGGAGCUAAUUUCAAUUCCCAUCUCCCUUUAGAUGCCCUAACAAGUUAUAAAACUUAACAUACCUUAACUUUUUUAAUUUUUUAAAAAUAUUUUUAUUUUUUUAUUUUUUCUAAAUUUUUGGCAUUAUCUUCGCCCUCUAUCUUCUCACUACCCGCUUCCUCAGUCUCUCCCACAGAUCCGCCUCAAAGCUGGAUUCCUCCUCCAUGGCUAGGAGUCCACCCCCCCGAGGUGGGGUAUCAUCCGGUAUUUCUCUCGACCCCCGUGUUUCGUCCGCCACCUCCCUAGACUUAAACAUACAACCUGCGUGUUAACUUAUAUACAUGUGCAUCUGUAAAUUAUGCAUUUUUACACAUAUACAUACAUUUUUAUACACUUUCUGCCCCCCUGGUGUUGGAAUGUUUUUUUCGAAUCGUAUCCCCUUUAGUGGCACUAACAAGUUAUAAGACUUUACAUACUUCUGUGAUCGUUGGUUUUGUUACGCCUUUUUUUUUUUCUGAGGGGGUUGAGAGAUAUGACAAUUUGGACUGUAAGGCAACUGUUGCCUAACCAAAAAACAAUGAAGUCCAUACAGUUAGGGUACACCGUCCCUUAUUUCCUGGGAAUGCUAAGUGUCUCGGUGUACUUGGUUUAAUGUCCCUUGGAGGUAAUUGGGGGCUGAAGGACAGGCCCUACCUGUCUCCCCCCCUCCCUAUGGACCCUUUCUAUGUUCCAUCUGUCAUUGGGAAGAUCGGGCAGGAGAGGCUGCAGUAUCUUGAGCACCAGCUCUUGCAAGCUUCUUUCAUCCCCUUCUGGCAGGCCCCUCAGUCGUAUGUUGUUACGCCUCGACCUGUUUGCCAUGUCCUCUAGGGCUAGGUCUGCUUCAGCCAUGUGCGCGGCCAUCCUGUUUACUUGAGCCACUAGAUCAUUGAGAUUGGGCGUGGGCCUCCACGCGUUCUUCCAGCUGUGCGGUACGGGUUCCCAACGUCUGGAUUUCAGCCUGGAGCCCAGCGGUAGAUCUUGCGAUUUCGCCCGCUAGGUAAGACCUCUGUUAACCUGGAUAGGACCUGAUCCUGGUCUUUCGAUGGAGCUUCCUUGGCAGGUGAGGUUCGCUGUGUCCCCGCACCGCCAUCUUGUCCCUUGGGCUGUCUGUGUUUCUGGGCUGACAUGAGGUCUAGUACCAUGUUCCCAGCUUUGGGACCCUUCUUGGGUUGCUUUUUGGAGAGUCUUUUUUCCAUUUUGGGUAAUUUUUUAUUGUUAGGUCACUUUUGUAGGCUUUUUUAAGGCGCUUGGAAAGCGGAGCUCUUGCAAGAUGCGUCCAGCUCUCUCUGGGUUUAGGCCCCCCCCCCCCCACCAGAAAUCCUAUUCUAUGUAAAAAUCUAGGCACUACUUUUUCUCAUGAAUAGCUAAAAUAAUAAGGCAAAAAACUAAAACCAGGGUCAAUGCAAGGGGCACAGAUUAAUUAAAUGACACUAUAAGCCACCAAAACAACUUUAGUUUACUGAAGCUGUUUUGAUGUAUAGAUCCUGCAGUUUCACUGCUCAAUUUUUUGCCAUUUAUAAGUUUAAAUCACUUUCUUUAUGCAGCCCUAGUCGCAACUUUCCUAAACGCUUCCUGUAAAGAAUGAUCUAAUGUCUUUACACUUCCUUUUGUUGCAAAUUCGGUUUAAUUUAGAAUCUAUUUCCUGCUGUUAAUCGCUUGCUAGACCCUGCAGGAGCCUCUUUGUAUAAUUAAAGUUCAAUUUGCCGAACAGGAAAUAAAAACUUUUAAAGCAAGUUUACACCUGAUCGAAAAUGAAACCACUUUGUUUUCAUACAGGCUGUGUCAGUCACAUGCAUAAACAAAAAAGUGAUUUAACUCCUGAAUGGCAGACAAUUCUGCACUAAGAACAUACACACUUCAUUGGUGACAUAGUUGUGUUUGAAUAGCUAUAAUAAGCUAGGUAACAAGAAAAGAGUAGGAAAUUUUAUAUAUUUUGGGUAACAAGUUGGUAUGGGACAAAUAUUUGAAUGUUUGUUUACACUAGAAUGUGAAGUCACUAAUUUCAAGGAAUGACAUUAUAGGCAUAAAGUAGAGGUCACUCAAUAAAAGUUAUUAGGUUAUAAACAAACUCAGAAAUAGCUAGUUAGACACAACAUGCCUUACUUGAUACCAGCCAUCAUAUAAUAGCAGUUUGGGUUUCGUUGUCAAAUGAUCACAAAUUAAAAUUCUGAUCAUUUAGAGCUAAAACAACUUGAUAUGCAUUUUGAAUUGGGGAGAUUUAAUAGUUUAAUUAUAGAAUUAUCUAAAGAUUAAAACAACGUUUGAAAAGGAACAAACCUGUCUCUUAAAUCAAAGUAGUUUGCAUCAGUUGCAUUACUGGUUUUCUUUUUUACGCCUUAAGGACGGAGGCAAAUGUACAAAUUGUGAACGAACACAAAAUCUAGAAGUUGUGCUGUGUGUUUAACCGUAAUUUAAGGGUUCUCUUUAAGAAACUCUAUUCAUAUUAUAUAUUGUUUUUAAAGGAUAGAAUCCUCUUUUAAAAAUUAUUUAGAUGUAAGAAUAAAAUGGGGGGGGGGACUUAAUUUUUUACUUUUUUUUUUUUGUUUUUUGUUUUUUUUUACACAUUCGUGCUUAUCUUACACAACAAUUGCAACUAAUUAAAAAAAAAAAAAGGCUCAAAGAUUCACCCAUCGGUCCUGAUAAUUAAAUGGUCUUAUAUAGACUGUAAGCUCGUUUAAGCAGGGCCCUCUUCAACUUAUUGUUCCUGUAAGUUUUUGUAAUGGUCUCAUUUAUUGUUAAAUCUCCCCCUUAAUAUUAUAUGAUAAUAUUGUAAAGCGCUACGGAAUAUGCUGGCGCUAUAUAAAUGCCAAUAAUAAACAAAUAUAAAAGCAUUUAAUAAGGACUUGCAUAGAAUAUGCAGGCGCUAUAUAAAUACCUGUGAUAAUAUGUCCAAGUUCUUUAUCUAAUGGUAGUUAACAUUAAAGGACCACUAUAGUGCCAGGAAAACAUACUCGUUUUCCUGGCACUAUAGUGCCAUGAGGGUGCCCCCACCCUCAGGGUCCCCCUCCCGGCAGGCUGGAUGGAGAGGAAGUGGUUAAACUCAGUUUUCUCCAGCGCCGGGCGGGGAGCUCUCCUCCUCCUCCUCUUCCUCCUUCUCCUCUUUGGCUGAAUGCGCAUGCGCGUCAGGAGCUGCGCGCGCAUUCAGCCUGUCUCAUAGGAAAGCAUUCACAAUGCUUUCCUAUGGACGCUGGCGUCUUCUCACUGUGAAAAUCACAGUGAGAAGCACGCAAGCGCUUCUAGCGGCUGUCAAGAGACAGCCACUAGAGGCUGGAUUAACCCUAAUAUAAACAUAGCCGUUUCUCUGAAACUAUGUUUAUAGAAAAAAGGGAUAACCCUAGCUGGACCUGGCACCCAGACCACUUCAUUAAGCUGAAGUGCUCUGGGAGCCUAUAGUGGUCCUUUAACUCUACACAAACACUAAUCCUAUACUUGACAAAAAAAAAGUGGGGGGAUGGGUCUGCGCCAAUGUGCACAAUAAAUAGUAAUAUUAAGUCCAGUGGGGUCUAUAUUGUCGCAUCCAAGGAUCUACUUCAGUGAUAUCCAGGAGAUGUUGAUGGUGUGAAGAGUAAUCCAAAUAUAUGAAAAAUAGAAGAGGUCUUACUUACAAUUGGCAGAGCUUAAUCCAGCUCUGGUGUGAAUGGCUUACAGCGGUAUUAUCCCCGCUUCCAGGAUAUGCAGCAAGUGUCCUCUUCUUUGUAGUGGCAGGUAACCAAGUUGGAAAAUAAAAAUAGAGACAGUAAUGGUGCAGUAUAUUCCACACGUAUGGUAAAAAUUAUAAAAUAUAUAGUAGAUACACUCACAUUCGGUAGAGCUUUGACUAGCUCUAGUUGAUUUGGCGUACAGCGGUAUUAUCCCCGCUUGUGGGAUAUAAGAUGAGUGAUCUUGACUUGAACCUCAGGAACUCUGAGAGAAGAUAAAACAGCGAUAGUGCUCUCAAUAAAAUUUAGAUAAAUAAAUAAAAUAAUAAAAUAUACUCACAAUGUAUAGGGCAGACUAACUGCUCUAUGUAACAGCGUGGGUGGUAUAAUCCCCACCUAGGAUUCUUUGGAGUAUGGUAUGCAGAAAAUAAAUAAAAUAUAAAAUAAAAAAGGUUAUUAAAAUACUAUAUAAAAGGCCAGGUAAUAAAAAACAAAAGAUGAUGGUUUAAGCAUAAAAAUAACCAAAAUCUUUUUAUUGACUAUAUAUAAAACAGGAAAAAUAUCCAUAUUAGAUAUUUUUACUGUUUUUAUAUUGUCAAUAAAAAGAUUUUGGUACCUGGCCUUAUUACCUGGCCUUCUAUAUAGUAUUUUAAUAACCUUUUUUAUUUUAUAUUUUAUUUAUUUUCUGCAUACCAUACUCCAAAGAAUCCUAGGUGGGGAUUAUACCACCCACGCUGUUACAUAGAGCAGUUAGUCUGCCCUAUACAUUGUGAGUAUAUUUUAUUAUUUUAUUUAUUUAUCUAAAUUUUAUUGAGAGCACUAUCGCUGUUUUAUCUUCUCUCCGAGUUCCUGAGGUUCAAGUCAAGAUCACUCAUCUUAUAUCCCACAAGCGGGGAUAAUACCGCUGUACGCCAAAUCAACUAGAGCUAGUCAAAGCUCUACCGAAUGUGAGUGUAUCUACUAUAUAUUUUAUAAUUUUUACCAUACGUGUGGAAUAUGCUGCACCAUUACUGUCUCUAUUUUUAUUUUCCAACUUGGUUACCUGCCACUACAAAGAAGAGGACACUUGCUGCAUAUCCUGGAAGCGGGGAUAAUACCGCUGUAAGCCAUUCACACCAGAGCUGGAUUAAGCUCUGCCAAUUGUAAGUAAGACCUCUUCUAUUUUUCAUAUAUUUGGAUUACUCUUCACACCAUCAACAUCUCCUGGAUAUCACUGAAGUAGAUCCUUGGAUGCGACAAUAUAGACCCCACUGGACUUAAUAUUACUAUUUAUUGUGCACAUUGGCGCAGACCCAUCCCCCCACUUUUUUUUUGUCAUUAUCCAAUUUUCAGCGACAUUAGAGGGAUUCCCUGUUUGGGACUGCUGCCUUUUGAAUUAGCGCUGACUCUACACCUUGUUCUGUUCACUAAUCCUAUACUUGACUAUAACACGAACUCUAACCACAACCACAAUCACACCCUAACCGUAUUUACCCUUACAGUUUCACUAACCCUUCCCUUACCCUAACUGGAACCCUAAGGAAACAAUGUACUAAUAUCAGUACUGAUAACAACCAGUAGAUGGCGGCUAUGGAUGUAACCCUGCUCACACCAAAAUGUUAGGACAUUACAUGCUGUCCUAACUGCGUUAAAAGCCCACUGUGGGGGAUGGCGUGGAAUAUUCUAGUGUUUUGGAUUGGUUAGUAUUAAAGGACCACUAUAGUGCCAGGAAAACAUACUCGUUUUCCUGGCACUAUAUAGUGCCCUGAGGGUGCCCCCACCCUCAGGGACCCCCUCUCGCCCGGCUCUGGAAAGGGGUUAAAACUUACCUUUUUCCAGCGCUGGGCGGGGAGCUCUCUGCCUUCUCUCCUCCUCCGUUCCUCCUCCUGGGCUGAAUGCGCACGCGCGGCAAGAGCUGCGUGCGCAUUCAGCCCGUCGCAUAGGAAAACAUUUACAAUGCUUUCCUAUGGAUGCUUGCGUGCUCUCACUGUGAAAAUCACAGUGAGAAGCACGCAAGCGCCUCUAGUGGCUGUCAAUGAGACAGCCACUAGAGGAUUAGGGGGAAGGCUUAACCCAUUCAUAAACAUAGCAGUUUCUCUGAAACUGCUAUGUUUAUUUAAAAAUGGGUUAACCCUAGAAAGGACCUGGCACCCAGACCACUUCAUUAAGCUGAAGUGGUCUGGGUGCCUAGAGUGGUCCUUUGAUAUUUUGUUAGAUAUGUAUAUGAGAGAUAUUAUUUUAUAUAUUUUAGUUGCCAAACCCAAAUGUAGCUUUCUUUGUACGCUAGCCAGGUUAUCACCAUGGUAAGUAGUAAUCUGCAACUAUAGAUAAUAUAAUUUUUUUUCCAUUCUUAUUGUUCAGAUAAUGUCACUGAAAGGAAAAGAUUGUUAUAAAGCACAGAUUUAAAAAGUAGUUGGGCAAAGUGAUCUAUUCUUUGCAUUAAGCCGUGCAGAAAAUACCACCAAACGUUUUUUGCAGUCACACUUUAAUAUCUUCUCUUAAAUAGAUGUUUCUGAGGAGGUAUCUAUAUAUUGUGUGUAUGAUUCACAAAGUCCUUGUCUACCGCUCCCUGAGCAGUAGACAAGGGGAUGUAACCUCACCACAAGACUCCUUGCACCAAAGCAAUACAAUGGGCAUAGGGUAGGCAACUUUUGUCACUCCAGAUGUUGUGGACUACAGCUCCCAUAAUGCUGCUACAGCCAUAAUUCUGGGAAAACAUCACAGAAGAUGUAAUCCAUAACAUACUUAUUGCUUAGUGUCCAUUUACCUUAGGCUUGCUUGGCAUCAUGGAAAAUGUGGUCCAUGAUCCUUUGCAGUGCCAAGCCUUUAGCUAUCUUUAUCCUAAGGAGUUUUUACAUUUCUUUUUAUAAUUGUUAGCAGUUGCUUAUAAGAAGGUGCUGCCUCUGGCUGCACAGCGAGCUGUUGUCUGACUUUCCUUUAUCUGUGAUAUAAAUUGGAUUGACUCAUGGUGCUGCUGGCUUCUGAAUGCAACAGGAUGGUGGGAGUCUGCAGUGCGACUGUUUAGAGAGAUUAAACUUAAGGAAAUAGUAAGGAUUACAAAAAUAAGAGGUAUGCUUAUGUGAUUCCUCUUUUGUGAGUAGAUGGAGAAAUCUUUAUUGGGUUAGCAGAGAUUUCUAUGUUGUAGCCAGAAGCAGAGUUGUGCUGACAGUCUUAUUUGAUAGGUGAGGUGGGGGUGGCUGAGCUUGAGAUCAUUAUGAAGCAUACAGUUUAUACAAGCUUUUAUAUAUCUCGCUCGCUCCUCUACUAAUGAGUGUAGCAGAUAUUGUUUGAUAUCUGUCUGCUGAAUAUUUAUCAAUUUUGUCUCUUUGCUUGUCUCAGCCCCAUGGAGGUUCCUACUCCAAAACCAGUCAAGAAGGACAAGGAGCAGAGACCUCGGCAUCUCCUAAUUGAUCUUCCAUUGCCACCUGAGCUACCCGGUGGUGACCCAUCUCCUCCAGAGUCCCCGGAGCCAAAAGUGGUGACAUCACCACAACAGCAGUUAAAGAAAAGACCAAAGUAAGUGUGCAUUGUUUGUUUGCAUGAAAGGUGUAUUAGUUUAUCUUUUUUUUUUAAACAAAUUAGAUUUUUUUGUUUUUAUCUUACAAAGAUGGCUAAAAAAAUGAAUAGUAAUAGCCUGAAAAUAUGUUAAUAAAAUUAAAAAGUGAUUGACUUAUAUUUAUUUAUACAAUUCCAUGACAGAAUACAGUCUAUCCUGAUAAUUAUGACCACUAAAUUGUACAGAUAUACUCCAGACCAGUGGUUCCCAAACCUUUUAGGUUUAAGGCAUUCUUAAUUUAUUUUAAUAUUUUACCAAGGUAAUUCCUGGCAGUCCUAUUGCAACAUUGAACUCUAGCAGCCUCAGGAGCUGCUAGAGUUCACUCUUGCACAUUUGCUGCGUUGCUGCGGUAACCGCGGCAACACUGAAAGCUCACGAGUGGAGAACCCAGCAGAGCUGCAGGUUAGAGCUCCCCUGGGUCCUCUCUCCCUCCCCUGCUGGCAGCAGCAUUACAUUGCGAGCGGACUGAAGAGGGUCCUGCAGAGUUGGCAGGGGAGAGCGAGGCAUCGGGAAAAUAGCUUGCGGCUCACCUGUGGCUCCACGACACAGUUUGGGAACCGCUGCUACAGACUAUAUAUUUAUUUUCAUUUUUAUAAAUAAAAUAUAUGGAUAAUGCAUUAAAACUAUGAAAAUAAUACAGUAGUGGGGAAUCUGAAAUAGCAACUUUUGCUCAGCUUUUCCAAUACUCUUUCUGUGGCAGUGCUAAGCAUAUUCCACAAUCCACUACUGUGUAGCCCUCUACAGAUUGCACAGCUGUUGUAUUGGAGACAAAACUGCUGUUUGUUGAAAUCCUUUCUAAAGCCUUAGUUUUAUUUUUUUAUUUUGUGUAUGAGCCUUAAAUGUGACUCAAUAAAUUGUAUAAUCUAUAGAUUUUUGUCAUCUAAAAGGUGUAGUUUAACUUGUUGGUCAACACACCUGUCAGGACUCUGCACAGUGCUUUUUUUUUUUUUUUAUUUAAAGCAACCACCCACAUUACAGGGGCAUCUAUAGGUCCCUGGUUUAGUCAAACUGUUUCUAAACAGCUUAAUGAUGCUCAGAGACUCUAACAAAAUAUUUGCUACAUAGCAUUGUAGUCACAACCACUACAUUGUAAUUUUGCUAAGUGUCCCUUAAAUAACAUACACAAAAUCAUUAGUUUUCAGUGUGAAGAAGAGUUAGAAAAUGUUUUGUGUAAAUUAUAUGGUGUAAUAUAUUUGAUGCUUUACUUGAUUUGUUUUUAGGAGUUAACAAAGUCCUUGCUAAAUAUUUUGGGUCUUCUGUUUGUUCCUAUAGAAUUUGCUGUCCACGUUAUGGUGAAAGAAAGCAGACUGAAACAGACUGGGGGAAGCGCUGUGUGGAUAAAUUCAAGAUUCUUGGUAUUAUUGGAGAGGGAACAUAUGGACAAGUUUAUAAAGCACAGGACAAGGUUACAGGUAAUGUGCUAGGUUACAUCCUAAAUUACAUAGGUUCACAUAUUGAGUGAUUUAUUACAGUGGGUCACAUUGAAUUUUUUUUUUUGCUCUGACUGCAUACAGAACUAUUGCUACUAGUGUCAAGAUUAAGUGUAACAUUGUUCCCAUAAUUGCUCUGCUGUAGAUUCAGCAGAAUAAAACAAUUGAUUGGAAUACACAAUAUGCAGUUUUAAAUAAAGAUUUAUGAAAAUGUAUGUGUUGUUUGAUCCUUGGGGAAAAAAAUAAAUCUGUCGCUAUUAACUGCUCUGUUGUUUCAGGAGAGUUUGUGGCCUUAAAGAAAGUGCGUCUGGAUAAUGAAAAGGAGGGAUUUCCUAUCACAGCCAUCCGGGAAAUUAAAAUAUUGCGUCAGCUUAUUCAUGGCAGGGUGGUCAACAUGAAAGAGAUAGUCACCGACAAACAGGAUGCACUGGACUUUAAGAAAGACAAAGGUGAGGAUUUGGUUUUUCUACUUUUGUACUCAAUGUGUGGGUCUUCUUUUUUUAUUUUGGUUUUGUAUACAACAUAUUUCCAGGAAAUAUCAGAUUGAUUACAAUGCAAUCACAAUGCGUCUUUCCUUCCAUCCAGCAAUCCAGUGCAAGAGAGCUUAUAUAAUGUGAAACAAGUAAACUGAUUAUUUGCAUAUGGCACUGGCAUCUGAUUGGGCCUGGGGGUGGAGGCGACUCUGACUGACUUUCCUGGUGCGGACUUUGAUUUAUUGUUGUGGAUCUGUUUCAAACACUUGCACGAUGGACAUUAUUGUAACAUUGUUGCCUUGGAACACUACCUCGCCUCACAUUACUCUAUGCUUUAUUGCUAUGGGUAUCUGCCAUAUUCUUUGAUACAACCUACAUUUGAUUUAGCCUUCCUUUAUAUUUACAGUCAUAAAAAAUCUGGCCCUCUAUAGGAAUUGAGUUUCACAUUUAUGAUCCUGAAGGGACAUUCUAAGCCUCAAAUUAAGUGGUUUUGGUGCAUAAAUGUUGUCUGUAUCUUUGCGCCCCCUCUCACCCCCACCCCAAACAAUGUAAACAUGAAUCCUCUUAAAGCUUCUACUAGUUAAGCUUUGGUUUCUCUAUGAGGAGCAUCUAAUUAACAGAGCAUGGUAGUUGCUGUGCAAGUGCCCUGUCACCAAUGCAUCUCUCUGAGAAUCAUUGGAAUGGACAGAAGUAAUCAUCACUGAUGACUGCACUGGAGGUGGAGUGCAUGCUUCAUGAAGACUGACCUGAUGGUGAGCAAAGGUAACAUAAAACAAACAAACAAAUGCCAGGUAGGGGCAGUAUUUAAACACUAACAAUCUAAUGUUGAAAUUAAUAUUUUUAUUAUUAAGGUGUACCUUUAAGGGUUAGUCAGAAUUUAGGAAACCUCUUCAUUCUUGCAAAAAGCACAAGAUCUUUAAUCUAAAUAUAUUAAUGUUGGAAGGUUUGAGAAUGGGUUCUAAAUAGGCUAAAAUAUAUCAUAGCUAUAUUUCUUGGCCCUUACAAGCUUCAUGUCUCACUUCAAACAUGUAAAGAGAAAUUUCCUUGUACUAUAGGUGCCUUUUACUUGGUGUUUGAAUAUAUGGACCACGACUUGAUGGGGCUACUUGAAUCUGGCUUGGUGCAAUUUUCAGAAGACCAUAUUAAGUCUUUUAUGAAGCAACUGAUGGAAGGCCUGGAAUACUGUCACAAAAAGAACUUUCUUCACAGAGACAUAAAGUGUUCGAACAUUCUACUAAACAACCGGUAAACCGCAAACUGAAAACCCAUUCAUCCAUGCAAUGCUUGCUAAUGAAGUUACAUACUGAUAUGUCAUUUUCUUUGCAGUGGUCAUAUCAAGCUAGCAGAUUUUGGAUUGGCGCGGCUUUAUAGCUCAGAAGAAAGGUAAGGCUAUUAAUCGUUUUUAAAUUCAAUUCCCUGGCAAUAUUUUUUUUAAUCCGUUAUAUAGUCAAGAAAAGUAAAAUAUAUAUGAGUUGUGAGAUCAAAAGUUAUGUAUGUUUUUACAGAAUUUCCAGAAGGAGAAAGCAUUUUUUCUUUUGUAUUCUAGAUUGAUUAUAAGAUGCUUUAAUAAUUUAGCAUUGUAUGUGUUUUUAUUUAGCAGCAAUUUUAUUUUAUUUAUUUUUUUAAAUUAGAUCUUAGAUAAGGGAUAUUUUAGCAUUGUGAAGUGAGUGGUGCAAGUGUGUUGAUGGGAGAAAAAAAAAAAAAAGAAAUACUAGUUAAUAAAACCACAAACCCCCAUUUUAACAUUGUCCAUGGUGGAAUUUGGACUUUUUGAUGGUGAGUUCACUCUUCCCUUGAUGUUUUUUUAUUUCAGCCGUCCAUACACUAAUAAAGUGAUUACACUGUGGUAUCGGCCACCAGAGCUGCUUCUAGGAGAGGAGAGAUACACACCUGCCAUAGAUGUAUGGAGUUGUGGGUAAGUAAAUGGGACAGUGUGUUCACAUGUCAUGAUUACAGGAUACAGGAAAACUUCAUGAUUAAUGACGCUUUUUUUACUACUUUUCUUAUUUCUAAAUAACUGGUACAUCUUUUGUAUUUUUUUUUAUUUUUAUUACAAUUCUUUUUGUAGACCAUUACACAGCACAAAUAGUAGAAAAUAUGUAAUGCACAUAAACCUAUUGCAAAACACUAGCUAGUCUCCGUAAUAGAAUGGUAAUUUUAUAAUACCGUACUUUGUCAACCAUUGGCAGACAUUGUUAUUGGUUAAACAAUCUAAUGAAGAACAAGUCAGAAUAGCACACAAGAAGCUGAAUAAGGCAGACUAUAACUAGGUUAGUCAUAAAAGACAUAUGGAGACAUCUGAUGUACCUGCAUUUUAAUGAUAAACUAAGUUGGAAGGACAUAAGAUAAAACUAAACUUAGUUGGGAUCAGGGCAGAGAAGGGAAGUAUGGUGCCACAGAUGUAGCAAUGAGAAGAGGUUAGUGGUUUAAUGGAACAAUGUCCCAAUCUGUCAUUUAUUCUACUUUGUUUAUUUUCAGUUGUAUCCUUGGCGAACUGUUCAUGAAAAAGCCAAUCUUCCAAGCCAACCAAGAGCUCGCUCAGUUAGAACUUAUCAGGUGAGGUCACUCAACGUUUAUGCUGGUACUGCUUAAGGAGAGGAGUAGCAAAGUAUUAAUAUGAACUUGCAGUUGAGAUAUGUUGUAAAAUGUUUGAGUGUCAAUCAUAUCAUUGUCAGUAUUAUUUAGUUCAGAAUCUUCUCUUAAGAUUGUCUUAUUCCUUAUGUUUUUCUCUAAGCCGUCUCUGUGGAAGUCCCUGUCCUGCUGUCUGGCCAGAUGUCAUCAAAUUACCCUACUUUAAUACAAUGAAACCGAAGAAACAGUAUAGACGGCGAUUACGAGAAGAGUUCUCCUUGUGAGUUUAUUUGUAACUGAAAGUUAGAUUAGGAAUGUCUUUUCACAUUAAUCUGUCUUACUGAUCAGUCUGGAGAGUCAGACAUUUUACAGUAAAAGCAUAAAUGUCCUUAUUUAGAUUUAAAUGAAUACUACCAAGUAUAUGGUUUGUUGUUCAGGCAAUGCUUAGGCUGACCUUAUAUAGUGUUCUUUAACCUCAGUGUUCUAGAAUGGUAAGCUUUACUUUAAAUCUUUAAAGUGCAGGUAAGUUGAUCUACACCAGCACAAUGCACUGUUAAAGGACCACUCUAGGCACCCAGACCACUUCAGCUUAAUGAAGUGAUCUGGGUGCCAGGUCCCUCUAGGAUUAACCCUUUUUAAAAUAAACAUAUCAGUUUCAGAGAAACUAUGUUUAUAAAUGGGUUAAUCCAGCCUCUAGUGGCUAUCUCAUUGACAGCCGCUAGAGGCGUUUGCAUGCUUCUCACUGUGAAAAUCAGUGAGAAGACGCCAGCGUCCAUAGGAAAGCAUUAUGAAUGCUUUCCUAUGAGACAGGCUGAAUGCGCGCGCAGCUCCUGCCGCGCAUGCGCAUUCAGCCGAAGAGGAGGAUCGGAGGCGGAGAGGAGGAGGAGAGCUCCCCGCCCGGCGCUGGAAAAAAGGUAAGUUUAACCCCUUUCCCUGCCAUCCAGCCCGGCGGGAGUGGGACCCUGAGGGUGGGGGCACACUCAGGGCACUAUAGUGCCAGGAAAAAGAGUAUGUUUUCCUGGCACUAUAGUGGUCCUUUAAUCUUUAGAAUCACCUGCACUUUGAGACUCAUUUUAGUUUACAAAAAGAAGCUAAUUAAAUUCCUGUUUAAUUACCGUUUUCUGUAUUAAAAUAUUGUAUAUUCACUUUUUUUUGGUCUUACCACUCCGCACCAUAAUGUUGAGUACCAGAUAAAUAUGCAAUUCAUUGCUCAGCUGUGAUCUGUGCAAGCAGUCUUUAACUGCUGUUGUCUCUCUGAACAUAUUCAUGUGUCGAUAUCCUUUCUUGUUGAACAGCAUUCCCACGCCUGCUUUGGAUUUGCUGGACUACAUGCUCACUUUGGAUCCCAGCAAGCGCUGCACCGCUGAGCAGGCACUACAGAGUGACUUUCUCAAAGAUGUAGACGUCGACAAAAUGGCCCCUCCAGAGUAAGAGCCUUGAACAUACUUUACGUAAACUAUAGGGAAUAUAAAAAGAGGGUUAUGGUUUCCUCUCAUCCUUCCAAAGGAAUAUUUAAUAUAAAUAAUACUCCCCAGUGAAACUGUUUGCUGCAAAGCCUCAUGGGUUGCUGGUUCCUGCAAUGAGCUUUGUCCAUGUUUAGAAGUACCUGACAUCAGUCAAUAAUAUUGAAUAUUUUUGCGCAUUAUAUCAAGUUAUAUUACUUGUUUGUAAUCUUUAGAAUAGUGAAUAACGUGUAAAAAAAAAAAAUUUGUAAGCCUUUACCUUGUUUUGUAUAUGGCUGGUAUUGAACAGUUAUGAAUACACAAGCAGAGCCUAUAAUGUAAUUGCCUCUCUUCUAGUCUCCCCUCCUGGCAGGAUUGUCAUGAACUGUGGAGUAAGAAACGCAGAAGGCAGCGUCAGAGCGGCAUCAUUAUCGAUGAACCUCCUGCCAUCAAAGCUCCACGGAAAGAGAAUGUAGCACCACAGGGUAUAGACCCUGUAAGGAACAGCAGCCCAGCCCCCUCGCAGCCAGCGAAGGUGGAGACCAUACCCACUGACCUGUGUAAGCAGAAAACUGUUAUAAAGUCAACAAGAGUAUUUUGUAGGUUAUUGUUUAGUGUCAUGAGAACACAUUUAAAGGGAUACUCUACGCACCACAACCUAAUGUAGUGGAUUUGGUGCAUAGAUGCGGUCUCUUGUUUGGGACAAUGCAAAACAGUACUGUUUCUGAGAACCUGAAAUCUUUUUCAUAUGCCUAAAACAAAACCACCAGAGCCACUACUUCAUUACAUUCUCAAGAGUUUCAAACGCAUCGUGUUAUCAUUUAUAACUAUUAUUAUUAAAGCGUUCUUUUCAAAGAAUGUGUCCAUUUUGAAAGAACCAAGGUCUCAAUAGAACAAAAUGCUUCCCAUAUUAUAAUUUUUUUGUAAAAGUGAGUCACACCCAUUUGUACAAUGCAUUAGAAAUACAUACAAUCCACUUGCUGCUGCUGAAUCACUCUGCAGAUCCUUUGUGUAACUGUGGCUGGGGACUGAACUACAUCUGGGCAUGUGUUUAUAGAAUUAUGUAGCACAUCUCUCACAUUCAGUUCUAUGUGUAAGGAGACACUGCAGUGGACCUCUUGCUCCGUAACAUCUGCAAAGACCACAGAUUUAUGAUGCUAAAGAUUCCCUAAAUUUGUGCAGCACAGCUUUUUGAGCACUUAUUGUUAGAUGGUUGUCAAUGGGAACAUCCGUCAAGCUGUCAUCAAAGGAGAGUUUAGAUUCUUCCUCUUGAGUUCUAUAAAUAUUUGGGAUUGUUUAGCUCAUAUGGGGAAAAGGGUUGGAGAUUGCACUUUAUUGGAAAUGUACCACUUCUUUUUUUUUUUUUUUUAUUAUAUAUAUAUAUUGGCUUACUUGUUCCUUGUCUGCAGCGAUUCUCGGGGAUAUCACACAACAGCUCAAUCAGAGCGAACUGGCUAUCCUGCUGAACCUUCUUCAGAGCCAGACUGACCUCAGUGUCACCCAGAUAUCCCAGCUGCUAAACGUUCAGUCAAAUCCAGACAUGCAGCAGCAGCUGGAAGCUUUAAAUCAGUCCAUCACAGCCUUGACUGCUGGCCCUUCAAAUCCAGAUGAAGAGGCUUCUAAAGAUCUUCCAGCUCAGGACCAAGUGGACUCCAGUGAGGCUGAAACUCAGGGAGAGGUACAGAAUGUUCUAGCCGUCCUCCUUAGCCAGUUCAUGAACCCCCAGGAAGUUGUGGAGGCCCCCGGAGAGAGCAAUGGAGAGCAGAGUGGAAGCAUUCUCGCAGUACCACCUGAACCCGAAGAAGUAAUUGUAGAAGAACAGCAACAAAAUGAAAAGGAAGAGAUGGAGGAUGACACAGGUAAAUUCUGGUCACCCUGAGUUUACCAUCUAGUCCACAUUGCAUGCAGGGGUGGUGUUUCAAAUGCAUAAGAGGAGAAAAUCACUCAUAAAAAAAUAAAAUAAAAAAAUUCCUCCCAUCUCUUCUGUGCACUAGUGGCCUUCAGACUCACUGUGUGGGAGAUGAAGGUCUGCCUUUACAGCAAAGCUAGUGGAGAUUACAGAAGAAAAUACUCAUUGUAUUUUGGUUUAUAAUAAACUGCAAACAUUAAAAUUCACCAUUAAUUUUAUGAUUAUUUGGAUUGUUCACUCUAAGUAUUUUACUGUUUAUCAAUUUUCACUCUUUGUUUUAACCAUUCUCUCCCUUCUCACUAUAUUCAUUUGUAUGUACUCUCUAAACAUAUUGGACAAUUGAAGCACUAUACACCAGAACAUACACACUUACAUAAUUAUAUACAUUUCUAAAACCCUCUAUUUUCUUUUGGAUGCCCUUUCCAGCUAUUUAAAAAUCAUCUUUAGUAUAUAAUGCACGGAACUACUUUGUAUUGAGAUGAGAUUCUCACUAUGGUUGUACAAAGCUGCCUCCAUUAUUACCUUCACAAGUUUAUAUUCACACACUGUGUAAAUGUGCAAUGCUCGACAAUUGUGCACAUUAGCAUAAUUUACCAUUCUUCUCCCUUGCUAAAUUCAAAGGGGAUGUGAUGCUAUAUAGCAGGAGUGCCCAAAAGGUAGAUCCCCACGUUUUAAAACUACAGCUUCCAUGAUGCUUUGUUAUUCUAAAGACAUGCAAAGCAUCAUGGGAGUUGUCCUACAGCAUCUGGGGAUCUACCUUUUGGGCAUCCCUGGUUUACAGCAUUUCUCUGGGAGAUAGCCAGGUAAACAUGUUCCUGGUGCAGAAGCUCCAAAAAUUUCUACUACUUCAGUAGCAGUUAUCCCCAGUUAUUUUACGGUGUGUUAUGAUAAACCCAAAGGUGGGGGCUCUUCACCCAAACUUACAAUACAUUUUCCAUUCCUGUCCUCGAAUUGUUGACAUUUAUUGUUAUAUGGAGUAAAAUAUAACCAUGAAUCUCCAAUCCUUUACAGUUCUGCUUAUAGUGGUUUUACAAUACAUAACCCACAGCCCCUGUGUUUCCUAAAACAUUGUCUCUUUCUUCCCCUGCAUUGUCCUUGCCUUUCUUUAACUUUGUUUAUCAGCUACCCUGUCGAACAAUUGGCAUUGCCAUGCUCUUCAAAAUGUCACAUUAGCACAUUAUGUAACUCACUUUCAGUGUUCAAGACUGGGUAUCAUUAACCUUCUGUCCGAUAUUAUGGUUUUAAUCAUCUGCUAAAACAAACUUUGCAUCAUCACUUUUAAAACCACUGCCCUAAUUUUCCAUGUCACCAUUUUACAUUACUCCUCAUCUCAGUACACCAUGUCUUGUUAAUUCCAUAGCAGCUAGUCACCUGGAAUGAGACCUGACAGAGAAGAAGUUCUCUUCUUCCUUGUGGUCAGUUGAGAUCAAAAGGUCUCGAUGUCUAGCCCCCAUAAGUUACAGUGAAGCUGGCUGUCUCAUUGUGUUCCUGUGGGAAAACGACAUUGAAUUCUGGCGCAACCUCUUGAAUUUAUACAGCUAUUAAAAUUAGAUAUAAAUAUUACUUCCUCCUAGUGAUGCCAGGUUUCUGAGUAUAUUGAUGUUUGUGCGACCAGGUGUUUAUGUGCACGGCCAUUUGUGUAUAUACACUUGGACAUUUUUUUUUGUGUUUAACUAGUGUUCUGUGAGUAUGUGGGUGAAGGAGUGUGUGCCAUCGUGUGUGUGUGGGGGUGGGUGGGAGACAUAUAGGAGUGUGUGUGCCAACUGUUAGUGGAGUGCAUACAUACCCCUUUUGUGUGUGCUCUGUGUAGGCUUAUGUGUGUUGGCCACCAGUUGUUGGAUGGGAGUGUUCUGUUGAUUAGAAACGAUUGUGUGUACUUAACUAUGUAUGUCUGGUAUUGUGGCUAGCAAGGUCUCUGCAUCUUAAUUCAUAAUUUUUGAUUGGAUCUAAGGAAACUUUAAUUCCUUUGAAACAUAAAAUUUGAACCUAAAAAUUUCUUCAGAUGUCCUAAUAACUGUAAAAUGCAUCUGUCUCCUUAAACAAAACACAAAAUAAACACUAUAUAAGGCACAAAAUUAAUCCACCCAAGCAAAUACCCCAGACCAGUAUGACAUUUUAAACUUCAAUCAAACAAUAAAUUGGGUAAGUUAUUGCUACAGAAAGCAUAAACUGUCAAGCCUUCUGUACUAUGAUCUAUGUAGGUGCAAUAUGUUUAUAUUGGGGACAAACGACUUGUUUUCUAAUUCCCAAAGGUUAACAAAAUCGUUGAAAUGCUUUUAAUAUUGAUACCUAUAUACAAAUGUUUCCCACAUAUUAAUUUGAACAUUCAUAAAUAUAUCAAUCCGAUAAGAUACAGAGUCCCAUAGACCAUAGUAAACCAUUGCAUUAUACACAAGGCCUUGAUGCACAUUCAUUUCUUUGCAAUCUUAUACAGGCACAUGGAAAAAAGAAAAACUCAAAGCUGCACAAGGGGCAAAAGUAACAAUUUUGGAGUAUGAAUCUAUUUUGAAAAAUUUGCAAGUUUUACAAUCCAUUUCCCCUUUCUGAACAUUAGUCACAAAAUACAGUAUUUAUAUCUGGCAGUGAGGUCAGAAAUAUCAUUGUAUAUUUGAGUGAAUAGAUUUUUCAUUAUAAAUGAAUCAUUUUCUCUUGUUUUCUAUCCCAUUGCUUUUUAAACAGUGCAACACUAAUACCAUCACAUAGCAUUUACAUCACAAAAUAUACAGCACUUAAUGGACGGUAUUUUUGUUAUACAAGCCAAUUUACACUUUAUUUAGAUGAAAAAUGCCAUUAUAUCAGUGGAUGGGCUUGGUGUACACAGCUGUACCCAAAUACAAUACACCUUUCAUAAUCCUAAAUUUUAUGAUCUUACACAGGUCUAAACAACAUAAUAAACCCCCCCUUCCAAAUUGAAAUGAAUGAAUAAGCCAUAAAGCAGCAGAGUUGAGGAUUGAGAGGAAAAUAAUAAAUGUAAGAUUCCGAUUACUUUAUAAAUUAUUUUUGAAAAGAAAAUACACACUACAUCACACAUAAAAUAAACCUCACAAUAAAUGAAACCUCCAUUUGUGAGCAGGGUUUAAAAUUUCAGGUCCUGUGUUGCUAGCCAUGAUUUAAAGUUAUUCGCUACUGCAAGCCCAGAACGCCUUUGGAAGGGAUUGGCAAUUCUUGGCACUCCAGAUGUUUUAGACUACAUCUCCCAUAAUGCUGGCAAAGCAGCAGGUGAGAUGUAAUCCACAACAUCUGGAAUGCCGAAGGUUGCCUGCCCCUGGUCUAUGCUUACUCACCAAGGAUGAAUUUCUACUCUGCAGGGCUAAAUUGUCACUUAACCAAUGGCUGGGGGCAAAUUGGAAUUUUGAGCCGUGUGUGCAUAUAGGUAGACCUGAAGAUUGGUCACUAUAGACCAUUCAAGCCCAGUGUAUACUUAUCUAUAUUACUGUAGUUAUGGGUGAAUAAAUCAUGAGCAUUUCCAUACACGGGUAUAGGGCAAGUAUAUGGUUACUGUCCUUUUGUGAUGCUAAUCACUGAUAGUAUGAAAGUCCUCUAAUAUCAAUUUCUCUGGCAUAGACUCAAAGUGUGUAGAGACAAAACGUAGAGAUGCAAAAAAGUAGGAAUAGCUAAUGGUCUUUGCCAAGUUCUUACUCUUUUCUUUAGGGGAAAUAUUUGCCCGGUCCAUUUAAAGUCUCAUCUGGUUUGCUCCUAUUAUUCUGUAUACUGGUUCCAAUUUGAAUGAUGUCUGUGCACAUUGUGAGGCAGAUGAUGGGGGGCUUAGAAAAGACAACUUCAGGACUUUCAUACUAUCAAAGAGGGUCAUUUGUUGUCUUGAUAAGUGUUACAAAAGGAGGGGGGUCCAUAUACUUGUUGCCUCCUACUCAUUCCUUUAACUUAUCCAACCCCAAACCCACUAAUUUAAAUAGGUGUACCAUAGGCUUGAACGGUCAGUAGUCUCUUGUCCUUAUUUCUACCUAUACACACGUGUAUGUACUGUACUUUAUUUUAUUUGGUACAUUUUUCUCUAUUUUCUCCCUUUAUUAAACCUGAAUUAUAAAAUAACAUUUUUUUUUAUUUUUUAUUUUUGUCAAUCCUCAACUCUGCCCCCCUGAGGCUGAAUUAAAAAUUUGCUUUACUAUCUUAGGAUUUACCCCAGUUGGGUAAGGUAGACCUCCAUCCCUGUCGUAUUGGUCUAUUAAUGUAUUAUUUUUUAUUAAACCUCUUACCCUACACAAACUUUGAGGGGCUAUAUGCACACAAAAUAGUUUUAUUAUGUAACAUGCAUGAACACUGCACCUGUAUUUAUAUAUUAUGUAAAAAUAAGUAACCAGACAGUUCACUAGAAGGCAGCUAUUACAUUAGUGGCUCUAAAUUUAAGUGGAUAGCAGCGUUCUGCGCCAAUGUAUGUAUUCCUUUUUUAGUUCUUGACCAAAGUAUACCUGAACAUCCACACAUUUGUGGGUGACAGGUUCACUAGCAAUGGUUUCUGCUAGUGUUGGCAGACUUUCCUAUGUAGUUGGAGAUGGGAAGACAUGUUAGACUUUAUGUUCUAUGGUGAAGAUUUGGUUUGAGUUACUGCAGUUUGCAACACCCAGGAAACCAAGGUAAGCAGUACAAGAGAUAUAUAGAUACACACGCACUCUCCCCAAAGAACACUUAAAUUAAUUGGUGCAAUCAGUGUAGACUAGGUAGACAUUUGUACAAAAUGAUGCACUCACAGGGCUAGAAAUCUGUGAUUUAAUAGCUAUCACAUGUGGGGGAAAAAAUUAAGUUUCGACCCAUUCAGGUCUUUUUCAAGAUACAUACACUCUCUUCCUCUCACCAGGGUUCAACAUUUCCUCUUACCAAUGGUGAGUACGGAGUUUAAACAGACACUGUAACAGCUUCAUAUCUUUGAAGUGAUUAUAGUGUCUGGAAUCCCCUGGCACCAUCCUUCUAUUCAGCGUUAAACGUUUUUUAAUACUAAAUUACAAUCACCAGCAGCUUAUCACCCAUGUGCUGAUUUAGCUAAAAGGAAGGCAAUAGCAUGGGCAGCUGGGAUUGGCUGAGAGUGUCAGCUGACCUCCUUCACCCUAUCUCAGAGCACAUUGCUGUCAUGAAUUUUAAUGGCUAUAAGGAAGGGUGCAACCCCUGCUUUAACCAUAACUUCAGUAGAGGCCGGGUUGUGGGUGGCCAGGGACCCUCAUUUAGUGUUAAUCUGCAAGGUGUCUUAAUGCUUUAUAACCAAUUCACUGAAAUUAAAUGGUUAGUGCCUAUAGCAGACAUAGGCAACCUUUGGCAAUCCUGAUGUUUUGGACUACACCUCCCAUGAUGCUUUGCCAGCAUUCUAGGUGUAAGAGCAUUAUGGGGGAUCUAGUCCACAACAUCUGGAGUGCCGAUGGUUGCCUAUCCCUGGCCUAUAGUGUCCUUAAAAAAAAAAAAAAAACACUCUUAAAAAUAAAAUAAAAAACAAACCAUGGUUGCCUUUUCUGCAAUGGAUUUAAAGUGCUUAACAAAAAGAUGAUUGUUACCCUUUAAAAGUUUAAUUUAUUUUUUUUUAAAUAAACUUUGUUGCACAAACUUUUAUUUUGUAAUUAAAAGAUUAGAAAUGUCUUUACUAUAUGUGUAUUCAGUUAUGCUGCAUGUACUUGCAUGCCCUCCCCUCCCCCCCCGAAUUUAGUUUUAUUAUUAAACGUUAACUAGAUUUUCCCCUAAAACUAUGCAGUAACUUUUUUUUUAAUUUAAAAGCCGUGUUCAUUGUGUACCUAUAUUGGUACUGUUUGACUCUGUGUAUUCAAGUGUUGUUUUUUUUUUUCUCCUCCUUCUUUGUUUCAUUUAUCUAUGUUUUUUAAAGAUGCUGUAAAGCGAAGUAACCCUCCUACAUCUAGUCAACCCCGUAUCCUGCCACCAGAGAAGAGACCCCCAGAGCCUCCUGGUCCACCACCUUUGCCCUCUGCUGCAGAAGACAAUGCAUCUGAUGUGAACCCAGCAGGAAGUCCUGCCCUGCUGCAGCUCUUCUCACAGCAAGAGGUAGAGCCAGACCUCGUGAAGGGUGGCAGAGAGAGGCAACCCCAUAGACUGGCUCCAGACGUAUCACGAACCCUGCCCACCAGGACUUACACUUCAGAUGGGUCAGAGGAAGUGUUUAAUGCAGGGCCAGAUGAGAGAGACUCGGGGCAGCUGCUAGGUGAAAGUUCACCGCAAACACUAGGAAAAAGUAGGACAUUCCCAGGACAGCUGGGGGAAUCAAGUAGUUACCAGGGAACCGGAUCUCUGCAGUUUCCAGGGGACCAAGACCUCAGGUUCACCCGGAUUCCUUUGGGCUUGCAUUCUGGCACAGUGCCUCCACCUGGACUAGAGGGGAGCAGUAACAGUUCUCACCACUAUCAAGAAGCCAAAAUUGCAAACUACAGUGAGUUGGGGUCUGGGACAGCAGCAGCAGGAACAAACCAGGCCUGGGGGGCACCAUCUCAGGCAUUUAGCAAACCAUACCGGGCUACCACCCGUGUGCCUCCAAGAGGGGGACGUGGAAGAGGUGUUCCUUACUGAAGUCCAGUGACUGUACAUUACAUUCUCCAUCUCUCCUGCCAGUUUUCCAGCUGGGGGUACAAAUAAAAUGGGGUGGUUGGGGCAUGCUGCAACAGUUAAAUCAACACAACAAUGCAGCAAUCUGUUAGCUAUAUUUAAAGUCUGAAAGUAAAGAAGGACUUGUUUGAAAAUGGCUGCAUUGCUGCGUCACUUAUGUCUACGAAUGUGUGGCAUCUCUCCAGCCUCAUUGGUCGUUUGACCUGCGUACCCCUCCAGUUUGUAGGUUUUGGUAUUAUAAUAUUUUUUUUGGUUUGUUUUUUUGCUUUUUUUUUUUUUUUGUUUCUUUGUUUUACCCCCUGUGCUCACCGUAGGGCAUGUCUGUCCUCCAGUUAUUGGAGGAACUGCUUCUACCAGGCGCUUAAAAUUCAGACUGCAAAAGCAAGGAUACUCAUUAAAUUCCUUUUUGUAACCAGAGGAGAUAACAAGGGUUUUCAUGUUAUAGGCUACUUUGGUGUCUGAAUAGGGAAUUUUGGGGAACCUGGGGCAACUGUUAAGUAAUUUAAAAACCUACAGGAAUGCAGCUGGCUGUGUACAAAUGUAUUUCCUUUUAUUUUAAAAGUUUUUUGUUUUUUUUCCCCUCUAUCUCUCAAACUGCUGAACUACAUAUGUUCCAUUUCCCAUUCUAUCGUUCUUUUUUUUUAUUUUUAUUUUUUUAUUUGUUUUCCUUUACAAUUACUAGUCAUUUUUGCCCCUAGAAAGAAAAAAAAUUUAACACGCAGAUGCCCUUUUUGUGUGCAUGUGUAUCUAUAUAUAGAUUUAUAUGCAUACAUAUGUUUAUAUACACACAGUAUUUGCCAGAAUAUAAGAAGCAACCACCUUUUAAAGCAGGUAUAAAGGGAAAAAUCUAUGCCAAUUAUACGGUUGAAUUUGUUUAAAAAUAAAAAUGCCUGCGUCUUCAAAGUCACUUUUUUUUUUCUUUGUCUUCUGAUUAUCUGUCUUUCUUAUAUUCUAAAAUAACUUUAGUGUGUGUGUGUAUAUAGAUAUAUGGUGGUGUGCAAGUAUGUAUCUAUCUGUAUAUAUAGACACACAGAAAAAUGAAUUAAUUUUUAAGGCUAUAUCUUGCCAAUGUGAUGCAAACGUUUGUCUUUUUAUUUUCAUUGAGUGACGCCAUAAAUAUUUGACUUUUUUUUAAUUAAAAAAAAAAGUUGUUGAUCAUAGGCAAAUAAAAUACAAAACCAGAAAAAUAUAUACCUACUCUCUUAUCUGGUAAUUAAAACGGUUUGUUCAUUUCAAAAGCAAAACAUUAUCCUUGGCACAGAGCGAAAUAUGUAUGUUUUAGUUUUAG